ACGGACUCGAGUCUCGACACGGUUCUAUGCGUUCAUCUACCACCCGCAAGCGCCAACUCUACGCAUCGUCCGAUCCCCAACUUGCGUCCUUAUGAGAUAGCAUUGUAAGCCAAGCAGUCAUCAUCAUGCGUUAUCAGCGCUUCGACCUCGUAUGCGUGAAGACUGGCCUCGAUAUUUGCGACCAUGUAACUAUAAAUACAGGAAAGUCGAUGUCACUCCUGCCGGAAAAGACUGGCUUGCAGGCGAAUCUGCAGGCUGGAACGUCUAUAGCACAGCAGAAAUGGACAAGACCAAUCUCAACAAGCUCUUGAAUUCAGGCAUUCUACCACGCCCAAUGUCACUCGUAUCCACGAUCAGCGAGGAUGGCAUAGAGAACCUGGCACCCUUCAGUUGGAUCAACACAGUCACGAACUACCCGCCUGUCAUCUCAUUCGCGAUAAACCACAAUGCUACGGGCAGCCUCAAAGAUACGACCGCGAACCUGAAGAACGGCCAAGGAUCUACCGUGAACAUCAUCAGCGAGGCAUUCGUCGAGAAUGCAAAUGCGACUGCCGUAGAUGCUCCUCCCGAGUUCGACGAGUGGGCUCUCAGCGGUCUGACAAGGGAGAAAUGCGUGCAAAUAAGAGUCUCGCGCGUCAAGGAAAGCGCUUUUAGCAUGGAAUGCGAGCUCUACCAAUCGAUAGACAUCACGCACCCGGUGACAGGCGAGCACAACAGCACGCUCAUCCUCGCGCACGUUAAAUACUUCCACGUAUGCAAAGACAUGCUCACAAGCAGAGGUGCCGUCGACCUCACAAAAUUCAAGCCCGUCGCGCGUGUGGGCGAUAUUUCAUAUGCCCGGGUCGGAGAUACAUACAGGAUCCCUGUGCCUUUAUGGGCGCAGGAGGAGGCGAAGAUACAGGAAGCAUUGAAGACUCUCGCAUCACAAUAAAAUAGAACGAAGGAGGGUGGCUUAUCAUUUCGGGGGAACAUAUACCAUAGAUCAUAUAAACAUCAACAUCCAGGCGGGAUAGAGCACCCUUGGCACCAC